AUGAGAGAGACCUUGGAGGCCCUCAGCUCCCUGGGAUUCUCUGUGGGACAGCCGGAGAUGGCCCCCCAAAGCGAGCCUGGGGAAGGGUCCCAGAAUGCCCAGGAGCAAAUGUGCCCUCCCAGGGAAGACAGAGCGCUGGGCUCCUCUACAUGUUCCGGGCACAAGGCCCCCAGCCUGAAGGAAGAUGCCCAUCCUGAACAGGCUGAGGCUCCCUGCAGAGGGAGCCAGGCACACACCCCACGGGAGGCUGAGCCUGUGGGCUCCUGCCCAGGAGAGGCGUGGAUGACUCGGAAGGUGAAGGUGGAGGAGGAGGACCAGGAGGCAGAGGCCAAAGUCGAAUGGCCCCAGCAUCUGUCCUUACUGCCCGGCGGCCCCUUUCCCGCACCUGACCUGGGGCCUCUGGCCGCCGCCGCCUACAAGCUGGAGCCGGGCAUCCCGGGGACCCUGGGCGGGCUCUCACUGCUGGCCGGUUGGACUCCAGCCUCGGAGAAACCCUACGGCUGCACCGAGUGCGAGCGACGGUUCAGGGACCUGCUGACCCUGGGGCUGCACCAGAGGCUGCACCGCGGCGAGGGCCCGGCCGCCUGCCCGGACUGCGGCCGCAGCUUCGCGCAGCGAGCGCACCUGCUGCUGCACCAGCGCAGCCACCGCGGCGAGCGGCCCUUCCCGUGCCCCGAGUGCGGCAAGCGCUUCGGCAAGAAGGCGCACCUCACCCGCCACCUGCGCACGCACACGGGCGAGCGGCCCUACCCGUGCGCCGAGUGCGGCAAGCGCUUCAGCCAGAAGAUCCACCUGGGCUCGCACCAGAAGACGCACACGGGCGAGCGGCCCUUCCCCUGCGCCGAGUGCGGGAAGCGCUUCCGCAAGAAGACGCACCUGGUCCGCCACCAGCGCAUCCACACGGGCGAGCGGCCCUAUCGGUGCGCGCGCUGCGCCCGCGGCUUCACGCACAAGCAGCACCUGGCGCGGCACCAGAGGGUGCACGAGGCGGCCCGCCGCGCCCCGCUGGCUCCCGCCGAGGUGCCCGCCUCUCCGGGUUCUCCUCCCGCCCAGACCCUGGCCCCGUCCCCGCCGGGACCCGAGCCUUUCGUCUGCGCCGAUUGCGGACUGAGCUUCGGCUGGAAGAAGAACCUCGCCGCGCACCAGCAUCUGCAUGCCGGCGAGGGGCGCCCCUGUGGCUGUGGCGAGGGCGCGCCGGGCGGUGCCGCAGAACCCCUGGCUUGCGCUGCGGAACCCCCGGCCUGCGGGCAUUGCUGCGCCCAGGCGCCCCAGGGCGAUCCCGCCGGCGGCGGCGAGCGGUCCUUUUCCUGCCCGGACUGUGGACGGGGCUUCGCCCACGGGCAGCACCUGGCGCGGCAUCGGAGGGUGCACACGGGCGAGCGCCCCUUCCCCUGCGCGCAGUGCGGCCGCCGCUUCGGCUCGCGGCCCAACCUGGUGGCCCAUUGCAGGGCCCACAGCGGCGCCCGGCCCUUCGCCUGCGCUCAGUGCGGCCGCCGCUUCAGCCGCAAGUCCCACCUGGGCCGCCACCAGGCGGUGCACACGGGCAGUCGGCCCCACGCGUGCACCGUCUGCGCCCGCAGCUUCAGCUCCAAGACCAACCUGGCCCGCCACCAGGCCAUCCACACGGGCGCUCGCCCCUUCGCCUGCGCCCAGUGCGGCAAGAGCUUCAGCCGCAAGACGCACCUGGUGCGGCACCAGCGUGUCCACGGCGGCGAGGCCGCCCGCCUGGCCUCCGACUCCGACCUCCCGGCCCCGGCCUGGCCCACGCCCACCGAGGUGGCAGCGCCCCCACUGUUCUUCUGA